CAUCAGUUACUCGUUUUUUGGGGGAUGACAGUCUGGACGUUUUAGGCAGCUAUUUUACUUCUGUUCCAAUGGGACGCUAGACAGCUCAAACACCUGGGCAUAUGUUUGAUAAUAGAUAAUUUUCCAGCCAUGUACUUAGUUCAAGCACCGCUGUCGACAACUUCAACACCUCGCGAAGUUGUGGUCGAUCCUACUCCGGCCAUGGCCCCCGCUGCAGAGGGCAAUCUCAAGAUCUUGAACAUUUUGUAAGCUUUGUCCGUGUCAUUUUUCGAGCUUCAUUAGCUGAAUAUUGUGCUAACAGUCGAAGGGCUACUAAAUUUUGUUGUUUUAUUAAUUGCUGCUCAUUCUAAAGAUAUCGUUAUUUAUUUAACACAGAGAGACUAAUUCCGAGGUGAUGUGCUGUCGAUUCAACCCCGAAGGCAGUUUGCUGGCUGUUGGCUUGGCGAACGGCGUUACUAAGGUGCUGGAACACUCAAUCCUAUUUUUUUCAUCGAUUGAUAUGUAUUUUUUAGUAUUUUCAUAACAGAUUCUAUGAAAUGUUUUACUCCCUUGAUUGUGAAUCUUCGUUAUAAAGCAGAUGUAUUUCACGACUCUGAUAUGCUAACUUUUGUGUGGCUCUAAUUUUAGCAACAUGCAACGCGAAAAAAUCCCAGCAUUUUAUCUGUUUUAUUCCAGAUUUAUGCUCCUGAUACUGGUCAUUGCGUCUACAGCCUUUCCGAUCAAGAUACACUUAACAGUCAUCUCCCAGUCACUUGUCUUCGCUGGAAGUCGAGAGCAGAUACAGAUAGUUACGGAAAUAUUUUGCUAGCGACCUGUGAGUUUUCAUUCUAACAACAUGCUGCGUUAUGGUUUUUACGAUCAACCAGGCUAUAACCUACUGCCCACUCUACAAGCGCGUGUAGUGUAGCGUGAGAAGUGCGAUUUUUUUUUUUUUGAUGAAUCUACAUUGCAAGGAACAGUUUGUCAUUUAUGUUAAUCCUUAAAAUGAUCGUGCACUGUUUACAUUGACCAUUUCAAAACAAUAGUCGCAGUUUCGGACAUUUGUUUUGUUCGCUAAUGCAAGUAAAAAUUACCCAGUUUUCAUUCUUAUGCAGAUUAGAGUGUCACCCGCUAUUAUCAAUUACACAAAGCUGAACAAAAGUUAUACAUGUUAUAAUUGUUUCCUUUUGAAAUCAAUCAUAGACCUCUCAGCUCUGCUGAGCCAGCUCCUGUCAAAAUUGCUCCGCCAUUAAAAAAAAAAAAGUCUAAGCAGCCUUAUGGUGAUGUUACACGGGACGAUUCGCAACAACGAUUUUUAGCACAGCACAGCGUUGCAAUGUUGGAACAAUGUUGUAAGGAUUCAAAACAAUGUCGCAACACUUUUGCAGUGCUGUGUUGGGUUAAAAAUCAUUGUGGUGAAUCGUCUCGUGUAACAUCACUUUCAGAUACUCUAACAAUACUUAAGGGUCAACUGUUUUUUUUUUAUUAAACAUAACUGAUACAUUUUGCUCCAACACUUCCCGAGUGCACUAACAUGACUUUCUUUGCCAUUGCACAACAGUCAGCCUUCUUAAUCUUUGCUCCUUAGAAUAGUUACUGGGCACCCUGAAUUUCUUAUGUUUACUGCUUUAGGGCCCCCUACAGUUUUCUCUAGAGUCCGUAAUUACGUACAUUUGCCCACAGGGUUGAGAGCUCUCAGGUAGUACCAUAGAGGUUUUAACUUUAAGUUGGCAGGAUUUCAAAGGGGAAGUGUGUGGGCUUAAUCCUCAUGUGGACCUUUAUGGAUUGUCCAAGCACCUUCCCGACCUUGUCAGGAUUGGCCCAAUUUUUCUUGAAAAUCCCCCAUCCUGACCGAUAUGCAAGGAUACAGUAUUUGAAUAUAAAGUGAGAGUCUCAUCUUGUCAACGUCAUCAUUCCAUCAGCGUCAUCAUCAUCAUCACCAACAUUAUCAUCGUCUUUUUCAUCAUCAUCAUCAUUGUUAACAGUAUCACUUACUGCGCUUUUCACAAACAUGCGAACUCUAAAGUUCAAAAGCUGCCUUCACAAUUGCGUUUUUCAUUGCCGUCAAUCAUAAAAAUUACAAUCACAAGCAAUGAACCUUGAAACACAGAAACUCACAAAACGGAUCCAAAUCCACCAAUCAGAAAUCACAAUCCAUGAGCUUUUGAACCCGUUAAGUAAAGUUUUGUUUCCUAAGAGGUCCGUUAAGAUGAUUGACGGCAGUGAAAAACGCAAUUGUCAGUUGGCUUUUGAACUUAGAAUUUGCAUGUUUGUGAAAAGCACAGUAAAUAAAGCAAGGUCACAUAUUAUUAUUUGGCAUAGCCCUCAAUGGUUGUACAGUGUGGUAUGUUCAUCUAUGCUGUCUCUUUGCUAUCUGUAGAUGCUGAUGGUAAAAUCAAACUAUGGCAUAUAUCAACCAGUUCUUGUUUGAGAACGAUGACAGAACCUUCCAAACAAAUCCUAGCCUGUGCAUUCAGUCCAUCAGGGGACAGAUUUGUUACUGCUGGGUCAGACACAAAGUUAAAUGUGUAUGAUGAAAAAACCAAUCAAAUUAUCCACACCCUUCAACCAAGGUACUGCAUCAGUGCUUCUUGAAAUAUUUCAAAAGGUCACCUUUUAAGCCAUGAGAGUGAUCGGCAUCAAAGUUCUCCCUACGAUAUCAAUGCUCUAUAAAACAAAAAGGUGACAUGAAUUAGGAACAUGAUUGCACAAGAUGAAUGUUAUUAAUACUUUUAACAACUUCUCACUGCUAUAUAAUAAAUGUAUAGAAGCAACGAUUGAGAAUUUGAAUUUUGAUAUAAAUUUAGAGUUUAAAGGUUAAUGAGCAAAAUGUUUAGCUUUCUUAUUAUCGUUUUGCACAUGGAAGUUGUUGAGCUACUGGACAAAAAUUAGAGUAUUUGAACAGAACACAGAUGUCAAUAAAAUUUUGCUUUUUGGAGGAUAAUCACCAAAGAAAAGUAGGUGGAGUGUUGACAUGAAAUAGCCAUCAAAUUUCACAGGCCGCCAGCUCUUAUUAAGAACCCUGAUUACUACUUACUGCAUAAUACAAUAUUUAACAGCUCAUCACAUCUAGUGAUGGAUGGUCACAUGAGCCGUGUAUUCAGUGUGCAGUUCACCCCAGGCCAGGAUCAUGAAUUCCUAUCAGGAGGUUGGGAUGAUACAGUUCAGGUUAGUAAUGCUUCCUUGAUGCCUGCUUUUAGGUACAGGGCUGACAAAAAAAGUCCCGUCCGGUUGUUCAGGACGAGCAGAUUUUCUUCUGGAGCAACUAACUUUGGAAUUCAAGUUUUUUUCGAGCCCUGAGGUAGUACUCUGGAGAGCACAAAAUAUAAGAAUUAAAUGAGAAUGUUCACAGAUGAGUUUAUAUAGCUGCAUGCUAUAUUUGUAUAUAGUUAUUGUCAUAGUCAAGCUGCUCGGCAAACAUUAGAAUAAUAUCAUUUCCUAUAGAAAACGUAAAACAAAGUGGCCACUGGAGAGUAUCAUUCAGUGGAUAACUUCAUUUGAAAUAAUGCAUAAUAAAAUAAUUAUUGUUCUGCACAACCUCUUCUUCUACUGUAGUUUCCUGUGGUGCAGUCUGAUGAUUACUUAGUACCUGAAACUUUAAAUAUAUACCUUAGAAUAAUUAUUGUCCAUCUUGAAUUUGUGUGGUGAAUAAACCUUAAGAAAUGUAGCCUCUAUAUAGUGAUUAAGAGUAGUAAUAUCAAAUGGUUAGAAAAAAUAGCGAUGAUGAUGAUGAUCGAUGUCAGAUAAUUAUAGUGAUUUUAUCAUAAUAUUGAGAAUUUAAACAACUUUUUCUUUACUCUUUUUUAAGCAUUGAAAAUAAACGUCUUCCAUCUGCAUAGUAUUGUUUGUAAAUUUAGCUAAAAUUUUUUGUAGGUUGUUAAGUUUAAUCCUGGUGCUUUAAAUUUGUCUUACAGUUUUGGGACACAAGAGUUGAUACCAAGCACAGUGUGAGGUACUUACUACAACAUAUAAAAAUACGCUAACUACUACUUGUGUUUUGAUGUUAUUUGUUUUGUUUUGUUUUUGCCAUUGUUAGUCAUUCAACCUGUCUCGAGAAACCAACAUGAAUUUUCUCCUAAUAAUGCCAAUUCAUAAUCAAGAGAAAUGGUUAUGAGAAUUAAUAAAUGAUCACCGAAGGUGAUUUGGUCUUUUAUCAAAUUCUCUCAAUUAAUUCCUAAAGGAAAUGUAUGGGCAUUAAUCUGAAGAAUUUACCUUAACGCAACACUUGCCAAAAUAAUAGGAGUCCUACGAUUCCCGAGGGCCGCCCUAUAGGUCACAUACUGGAUUGGGAGAAGACUGCUGGCCAAAUCGCUUGAGUUUAACUUUGCCUAAAUGAUAUUUAGUCACAUUUAAUAAAAUGAUCACUGAAGGGAAAAUGAUUUGAUCUUUUGUCAAAUUCUCUCAACUUAUUCCUAAACGAAAUGUAUGGACAUCAAUCUGAAGCGUGGUUAUUGGUGCUUAAAGGGUUAAUAUUAUUUUUUUUCUUAUUAGAAAGAUCUUUGGACCUCACAUCUGUGGAGACGCACUUGACAUCCAGUCAGUAAGUGUGUCUGGUUCCAGUCAGCAAAUCCUUACAGGUUCAUGGAGAAAAGACAACACUCUUCAAAUCUGGGACUCUGGUUCAGGGAAGCUCAUAAAGAAUGUGCCAUCUGAUUACAAUGGCAGUAUGGUAUGUUAAUUAACAACUGGGUGCAUAUCAUGUCUUUGCUUUAAGUUUCUAGAUUUGCUGUUUGUGGUUUCUUAAAAGUGAAUUGAAAAUGGACCAUUUAUGCAUAGUGCGAUGCCCCUUUAAGCAAAGAUGUUUUUGAGCGAUGCAUGUCAGAUAGCUGUGAGGUCUUUUCCCUCUUUAUAUGCCUAAGAUGCUUUAAGAACAGCUACUAAAAAUUUGUAUUGGUAAGUUAUUCUUUACUGCUAUAGAAAAGAUUUGCCUGAAAAUUUAGACAAAACCACUGCCCAAGAAUGCAAAAAGUCCACUUCUUGUUAACAUUUGUCACUUAAAAUGUGUUUUCUUAAGCUCACUAAGGUAUUAAAGAGAGUGUUCAUUCACCUUAACUACAUGCAGAAAAUGACCUAAUCUGUGUACCUUGGGAACUGCUUCUCUUUUCUAAUGAUGUCCUCCCAUUUCUUUGUAGCUGUACUGUGCUCAGUGGCAAGGUCCAGAUAACAUUAUUGCAGGUGGUAGCGACAACAACAUGAUGAGAUGUGUUGAUCAAAGCACACUUCAAGUAAGUCCUUUGGUUGUUCAUAAGCAAAGUCUGUUUGCUUGUCAGUUGUUAAAAGCUGAAAGUGCAUAUGUACAACAUUGUCUGUUUUAAUUAUUCUUCACAUGUGAAGAAGGGGACAAGGAAAUUUGGAUAGUGGAAUCUAACUUAGUGGGCCAUAAUGAUCUCAUCAUCAUCAUCAUCAUCAUCAUCUUCAUCAUCAUUGUCAUCAUCAUUGUGAUUGUGUACUUAAGCAAUAGACCACACUUUCUAUGGGUUUACCGGCGUGAUAACCCACGCGGUCAUUAAGGAAUUUAAUUUUGACAUAAAAUAAAUCAAGAAUGCUAAAACUAUCCGUUUUGUUGCUGGUUGGCACAUGGUCAAGUUUUCCUGCAGACUUUCUACACCAGAAAUUCACACAGUUGUUGCCUUUCUCAGCGAUUUGGCAUCGUCGUGAAAUGUAAACUGCUUUCCAGCUUUGUACUUUAUUACUUCUAAAGCUAUGGCAGUAAUAAAAUGUGGAAACCAAUGCUUUUGAUAUUAAGAGGGGCUGGGUAAGUAACUUGUUCUUUUUUUUAGCCUUUCUAAAAUCAUUGUUUGCAGAUCAAUAGCUGGUUUUGUUUAUGGCGCGUGGUCCGGAUGCCUUUUUCUAUGGGUUUACCGGUAUAAUAAACCAUAGGUUUUUGACCAAUCAGAUCACGCGUACUAUCUCAGUUAUUUUAUAAAAUGUAAUAUUGCUCUCAUCAUCAUCAUCGUCAUCAUUAUCGCUUUUGUCAUUAUUAUACUCCUCCAACUAAUAUAUAUUUAAUUAUAGCUACUUUUGUUCAUCAUGUUUGUACCUAACGAUAGGCCCAGAAAUGAAAACAGUUCACUUCAGUAUCUGUUUCUUUCCGUAGACAACUGGACGCCUUGUUGAUUUGCCACGUGCUGUGUAUACUGUUGAUUAUGACAGGCAUUCUCUCCACCCAGUCAUAGCUGUCGGAACUUCCAACUUUGUUUAUCUUGUAAAGCGGACUUAAGCUCGCUACCUGACCUGUGGGAUGUUUGCCUACCAACUUCUCCUAUUUCAGGGAGGAGCCUUCAUAGUCAUCACACCAAAAUCUGUACUUAUUUACUUCCUUGGUUCCUCAACCCCCAGAAAUGUGCACAUCAUUUAAAAGAUUUGUCUUACACUGCACUGACCUUAUUUUAUUGGCUUCUUGGUCUUUUUAACUUGUUGACCAGUGCUCUUUUAAGUAACUAAACUAUGUCAUCCACAGAAAUGAAAUACUGGGAGUCACCAGUGAGUCUCAUUUUGUCGGAUCAGCAAGGGCUAAAGUAUGCUGUUUGGCCAUCAGCAGUCUAAAUACACUGUGAGUGCACUUUGAGUAAGAUCACGGGGAAACCUGUAUUAAGCAGACCCCAUGUUACUUGGACACUUUUCAUAGAGUGGAAACAAGCAUUUUCGACUGUGUAAUUAGCUGAUUUGCACAAGGGAAAUAAUAAUGUGGCACCCACAGAUCCCAUGUAAACUGUUCAGGUUUAGAAAGAAGUGAGAUGCAUAAACACUGUAUUGUGGUUGGAUGUAGGUAAUUAUUUUGUCAUAAUUGACUAUGAAAUUGGUCUGUACAUUUUUACAUGUAUGCUGUCCAGUGGUAAUUGAUUGUUUUGCAUCUAUGGAAAAAAUGUCUUAAAAACAGAGUCUAUUAAGCUACUGGAAAUGUUGCAUAAAUUAUGAUAAAUAGAGGUACUUUACUGUUUUACUAAAAUAUUUAAACCAUAACCUAGUUGGUUAUUAUUAUUUGACUAUUUUAAUUAAAACCUCAGCUAAAAUUUAUGGGCUAAACUUGAGAAUGGUAUCAUGGAUAUUUAAUUUAUUCUUGUUUGCUUUUGUCUCAAGAAAAAAGGGGAUAUCACCGUUGAGAAGGAAAAAAUUAUGCAGAUUUAACAAUAACACCAUGCAUUACCACAUUCAUUUGAUAGCAGUAUAUUGUAUUUACGUUAUUUUAGAUGUUCAUUGAAUCUCUAUUGUUCCCUGGUCAACAGCUAAAAUAGUGUGAAAAAAAUUGAGUGCUAAGAUAUUUCUUUAGGGUUGUAGGUACUUUGAGUAUGAUGUUAAAAAAUAUAUUUAUGAAAAACUAUUAUUGUUAAAUAUUAAAGAUUUAAAAGAAACAAGAUGUUUAAAUAAUUUGAUAAUACCAUUUUACUCUGAAUCUAUUUGUCAGUUAGCUUGUUUAGGUGACCUGAUUUAUUCAAAAUAAAGUUCAGAAAGAUUAUUCAUGAGGUGCUAUCAAAUGAGACACUCCUAACUCCUGAGUUUGUAUGUAUUCUUAGUCUGAAAUGUCAUCCUUCUCCACCCACUAACCCCACCCCCUUGGGGGGGUACAGUUCAACUAUCUUCCCACACCCCUAUGGGUUAGGGAGUGGAGACAGGUGAAAUGUCAGACUAAUUUCAGCAAAUUGCUAGCCGUAGUGAGGCCAUGCAACCCAAUACUCCUCUUUUUGACAUCUUGUAACAGGCCUACUAGCAUUAUAGGCUUAUUUUUUCUAAUCCUAGGAGAGGUUUCUGCUGCCCAGCAAAUAAUGUUAUUAUAGCUGCAUUGUCAGUACCAAAGGGAAAACUUGAAUGUAACUGCAACCAUGUAAUGUUUUGAGUUUAAGGCUGGGUGAGUUAUAAGCAGUCAUGAGAGUGCUUAUGACCCAUUGAAAAUCAAAAUAUGGGGUCAAGUGGAAUCAUUAGC